UGUUGUUCUCUACCAAGUAGUUUUUACCUGAUAAGUAUUCAGAUCAAAGACUAGCCCUUAAUUUGUGGAAUAUCUAUCGAUUAUGAUGGAGACACCCAAAACGUGGUUGAUUGUCGGAGCCUCACGCGGCAUCGGCCUCGAGUUCGUCCGCCAGAAUAUUGCAGAUGGCCACCGCGUCAUCGCGACAGCACGCAGUUCGAGUACUGGUUUGGAUGCCAUAUACCGUGAUGCCCCUGAUCGGGUGAAAAUCUUGACCUGUGAUGUGUCAAGUAAUGAAAGCAUCAAUCGAUUCAUUGGCCAAUUAAUUGAGUCGAGGGAGAAGAAAAUCGAUUAUGCAGUUAUCAAUGCUGGUAUUUUGGAUUACCCCAAUAGAUCACUCGACAUGACAUUUGAUAACUUUACCAACCAUCUACACACGAAUACUGUGGGCCCCAUCAUUAUAGCGCAGAAGUUGCUGAAGUUAAGCGACGUUUCCAUUGGAACGAUAGCUUUCAUGUCCAGCGACUCCGGCUCUACAGGAAACUUUCUUGACUUUGAAGAUGGAUUUGCUGCGUACGCAGCAUCAAAGGCAGCAUUGAAUCAAGCAUUGCGCCACAUGGCGGAAGAAUUAAAGAGGAAAAAGAGUGAAACCAUCAUUCUAGCUUUGCACCCUGGAGAAGUGGCCACCGACAUGGGAAAUAUCGAGAUUUCUUGGGAACUGGAUGGCGGCCAGAUAACAGCCGAAGAGUCUGUUCAGGAUAUGGUUAAAGUUAUCCAGAGCAAGACGAUUGACCAAACCGGAACAUUCUGGACGUGGGAAAACAGGGAAUAUCCCUGGUGAUCGGUAUAUUUAGAAAGACAACUACUCCAAGCAUAUUUGGUAAUAAUAUGCCUUUCGACUUAAAUUGAUCUUUAAGCAGACUAUGGACUAUUCGGAUUUCCAAGAAAGUGCCACUCGUAUGAUGAGUUAGCUGAAUUGACCGACAUUGAGCUUUUCAUAUCAUAUUUUGAAAAAAUCAAUUCUAUGCUAUAUCUAUUUUCUAAACAGUCUACCUAAAUGAGAUGUCUCCCC